UUGACACGUCACUAGGUCAGACCUCUAAAGAUGGCGACCGCCUACGAGAAAUUCAACCUGCACACUACCCCAGAGAAGUUUUACAUUGAGGCUUGUGAUGACGGCUCCAAUGAUGUACUGUCCAUUGACAGGGUGUCCACAGAAAUGAUCCUCACCGUGAGGAAAGACAUUCCUCCCCAUGCGGUCACCAGGCCAAUAUGUGGGAUCAUGGGAACUAUCCGUCUGGUGGCAGGCACGUACCUCAUCGUUGUCACAAAGAAGAAAAAGGUGGGUGACCUGUUGGGCCAUGCUGUGUGGAAGGCUAUGGACUUUGACGUUAUCUCUUACAAGAAGACUGUGCUGCACCUGACAGACAACCAGAUGCAGGACAACAAAGCCUUCCUGUCCAUGAUCAACAGUGUUCUGCUCACAGACGGCUUCUACUUUGCUACAGACUACGACCUGACCCACACUCUGCAGAGACUUGCCAACACCAGCCCUGAGUUCCAGGAGAUGAGCCUGCUGGAAAGGGCAGAUCAGCGGUUUGUGUGGAAUGGUCACCUGUUGAGAGAAUUCAUGCCACAGCCAGAGCUGCACAGGUUUGCUUUCCCAGUUGUCCACGGCUUCAUCAUUAUGAAGUCCUGCUGCAUCAAUGGGAAGAUCUUUGACUGGAACAUCAUCUCCAGGCGGAGCUGCUUCAGGGCUGGAGUACGUUACUACGUCAGAGGCAUUGACUCAGAGGGUCAUGCAGCUAACUUUGUGGAGACGGAGCAGAUUGUCCAGUACAGCGGGGGCAAGGCCUCAUUCGUACAGACCCGAGGCUCCAUCCCCUUCUACUGGUCCCAACGACCCAACCUCAAGUACAAACCAAAACCUCAGAUCAGCAAAACCAUUGACCAUCUGGAUGGCUUCCAAAGGCAUUUUGACUCGCAGAUCAUCAUUUAUGGAAAGCAAGUGAUUUUAAAUCUGAUUGACCAGAAAGGCUCAGAGAAGCAAUUGGAACAGGCCUUUGACAAAAUGGUGUCCAGCUUGGGCAACGGCAUGGUCAAGUACAUAGCGUUUGACUUCCACAAGGAAUGCAGUCGGAUGAGGUGGCAUCGCCUGCAGAUCUUAGUCGAUAUGGUGACAGAGAUGCAGGAUGAGUAUGGGUACUUCUUGGUUGAUGUGGAUGGGAACGUUCUGGUGCAACAGGAAGGGAUGUUCCGCAGUAACUGCAUGGACUGUUUGGACCGUACCAACGUCAUCCAGAGUCUGCUGGCACGACGCUCACUGCAGUCACAGCUGGAGCGACUGGGAGUUCUCCACAUGGGCCAGAGGAUUGAAGAUCAGUCCGACUUCGAGAAGAUCUACAAAAAUGCGUGGGCAGACAAUGCCAAUGCGUGUGCCAAGCAGUAUGCUGGCACAGGGGCCUUGAAGACGGACUUCACAAGAACAGGGAAGAGGACACAAUGGGGGCUGGUGAUGGAUGGAUGGAACUCCAUGAUCAGAUACUACAAGAACAACUUCUCAGAUGGCUUCAGACAGGACUCUAUUGAUCUGUUCCUGGGUAACUAUUCCAUUGAUGAGGCAGACAUGACCACACCCCUUCAUGAGACCAAAGACUGGAAGUUCCUCACGUUGCCCAUUAUCAUGGUUGUGGCAUUCUCCAUGUGUAUCAUCUGCCUCCUCAUGGCUGGUGACACGUGGACGGAGACCCUGGCGUAUGUGCUGUUCUGGGGCACAGCUAGCUUUGUGACGGCCGGCGUCAUCCUCUUCAACGGUCGGGAGUUUGUAGACUCGCCCAAGCUGGUCCAGAAGGAGAAGAUGGACUGAAUGUGUGCGUGUGGAAAGCGGCUACGCCCCACAGACUUCUCCUCUUCCUCUUCAUCCCACUCUUCUUCAUCAUCGUACCCUCAGGAUCAGCGGGCCUGGAGCCUGUACUGAUUACUGAGCCAAUGGCAUGAGGAAGAGGAAGAGGAGGGUGGGGUGAGAGAAAGGCCAGGUGUAUGAUGUAGGGCUGUGAAGCAUACAGGGACUCGCUCUGCACUGGCCUGCUGCUGUCCACACCACUAAGCACAUUGUUUGGGCUGGGGAAGAUCCCUAACCUUGUCCAUAGACUGACUGUAUAAGCUGAAAACUGUCAGAUUUUAUGAUACAAUACCCCACUACGGUAACACAGUUACUCCGCUGCACGGAAUGCAUAUGAACGGGCACUGCUGUUGUUGCCAUAGCAACCUAGCCAAGGGAACUACUUAAAAAAAAUAUCUUGCUUUUUUGUUGAUUUGUCACCUAGCUACAUCAUGUCAUAUUUGCUCUGUUGGUUGCCAUAUUGUUUCAGUGUCAUUGCCCCUUAGUGGUCGAUCUGAAGGUAGUGUCUUAGUGUGAUAGCUGACCUAUUGGGUGCCAGUGGCUGUCUGUCGGCCCAGCCCAAGCCAUGAUCCCAAAACUAGGUCACCAAUAGUCAUGGAGAGAAUGUGCUAGCUGGCCAGUGGUUGUUGAGAGAAUGUUCUAGCUGCUCAAUAGGCAGGAAGAGAACGUGCUAGCUGGCCAGUGGUUGUUGAGAGAAUGUGCUAGCUGGCCAGUGGUUGUUGAGAGAAUGUUCUAGCUGGUCAAUAGGCAGGAAGAGAACGUGCUAGCUGGCCAGUGGUUGUUGAGAGAAUGUUCUAGCUAGCCAAUAGUUGGGGAGAGAAUGGGCUGAACUGUUUCAAUAGGGAACUUUAGUUAUGGUGUCCCAUCACCAUUAAUGCCAUAACUGCCCAUACUAUUCUCACUCACUGCACUCCUGAGUGCACAGAAACUAAGCGUUUCACAUGAGGAUUGCUCUGAGAUGUGACGAGAGGGAUGUUUGUCUGUGUGGUAUGUCUGGCUGUCAAGUCUUCCCAGGUAUGGAAAGCUUUAUGAAACAGCUGGAAAGACAAAUCCUCAUUAGUUUCUAACAACCAAAAGGUGUGAGAGAGCAUCAAACUAUAUACUACAGUGAGUAGGAUCUGUCUUUGACCAGUAGACUGUGAGGCCCAGACCUAGGCUAAUAAUGAAGCAUGGAUUUAAUGGUCCAAUGCAGCCAUUUCUAUCUCAAUAUCAAGUCAUUUCUGGGUAACAAUUAAGUAACUUAUUGUUUUCAAUUCAAAUGGUUGUCUAGGAUUGUCUGGGAAUGGUUUUGGGGGAGGGGGAAACUGAACUAGCUGUUAUUGGCAGAGAUGUUUGGAAAUCUUUGUUAUUCAUCUUUUAACAAAUUUGUACCGUCUGGUGAUUACACCAGCAGGUCAAAACUCCAUCCCACCAAAACAGCCUGAAAUUUCAGGCGGUCUUUUAAAAUACUAAGAGCAUUAUAAUUUUCACAGUAUUAUUUCCAACCUGGAAAUGUACACUGCUCAAAAAAAUAAAGGGAACACUAAAAUAACACAUCCUAGAUCUGAAUGAAUGAAAUAUUCUCAUUACAUACUUUUUUCUUUACAUAGUUGAAUGUGCUGACAACAAAAUCACACAAAAAUUAUCAAUGGAAAUCAAAUUUAUCAACCCAUGGAGGUCUGGAUUUGGAGUGACACUCAAAAUUAAAGUGGAAAACCACACUACAGGCUGAUCCAACUUUGAUGUAAUGUCCUUAAAACAAGUCAAAAUGAGGCUCAGUAGUGUGUGUGGCUUCCACGUGCCUCUAUGACCUCCUUACAACGCCUGGGCAUGCUCCUGAUGAGGUGGUGGAUGGUCUCCUGAGGGAUCUCCUCCCAGACCUGGACUAAAGCACCUGCCAAUUCCUGGACAGUCUGUAGUGCAACGUGGCGUUGGUGGAUGGAGCGAGACAUUAUGUCCCAGAUGUGCUCAAUUAGAUUCAGGUCUGGGGAACGGGCGGGCCAGUCAAUAGCAUCAAUGCCUUCCUCUUGCAGGAACUGCUGACAUAGUCCAGCCACAUGAGGUCUAGCAUUGUCUUGCAUUAGGAGGAACCCAGGGCCAACCGCACCAGCAUAUGGUCUCACAAGGGGUCUGAGGAUCUCAUCUCGGUACCUAAUGGCAGUCAGGCUACCUCUGGCGAGCACAUGGAGGGCUGCUCGGCCCCCCAAAGAAAUGCCACCCCACACCAUGACUGACCCACUGCCAAACCGGUCAUGCUGGAGGAUGUUGCAGGCAGCAGAACGUUCUCCACGGCGUCUCCAGACUCUGUCACGUCUGUCACGUGCUCAGUGUGAACCUGCUUUCAUCUGUGAAGAGCACAGGGCGCCAGUGGCGAAUUUGCCAAUCUUGGUGUUCUCUGGCAAAUGCCAAACGUCCUGCACGGUGUUGGGCUGUAAGCACAACCCCUACCUGUGGAUGUCGGGCCCUCAUACCACCCUCAUGGAGUCUGUUUCUGACCGUUUGAGCAGACACAUGCACAUUUAUGGCCUGCUGGAGGUCAUUUUGCAGGCUCUGGCAGUGCUCCUCCUGCUCCUCCUUGCACAAAGGCGGAGGUAGCGGUCCUGCUGCUGGGUUGUUGCCCUCCUCCGGCCUCCUUCACAUCUCCUGAUGUACUGGCCUGUCUCCUGGUAGCGCCUCCAUGGUCUGGACACUACGCUGACAGACACAGCAAACCUUCUUGCCACAGCUUGCAUUGAUGUGCCAUCCUGGAUGAGCUGCACUACCUGAGCCACUUGUGUGGGUUGUAGACUCCGUCUCAUGCUACCACUAGAGUGAAAGCACCGCCAGCAUUCAAAAGUGACCAAAACAUCAGCCAGGAAGCAUAGGAACUGAGAAGUGGUCUGUGGUUACCACCUGCAGAACCACUCCUUUAUUUGGGGUGUCUUGCUAAUUGCCUAUAAUUUCAACCUGUUGUCUAUUCCAUUUGCACAACAGCAUGUGAAAUUUAUUGUGAAUCAGUGUUGCUUCCUCAGUGGACAGUUUGAUUUCACAGAAGUGUGAUUGACUUGGAGUUACAUUGUGUUGUUUAAGUGUUACCUUUUAUUUUUUUGAGCAGUGUAUAUAAAACACGGGAAAAUCUAGUUUUUGACUGAACUGGGCAUUUUAAACAAAGUCUCAUGGGACAUUGGCGAUUUUAAAUGCCACUUGUCCUCUAUGACGAUUUCUAAGUGUUUUAGUGUGUCUCUGGAUGGGAAUGUGAACUGUUGCUCUCUCUUACACAAUCUUUCUCUAUAUUAUUUAUCCUUUGAUUAUUGGCUGUUCUGUAGCACUAGCCCCAAGUCAAAUUCUGCUUCUUUAUAAGAGAUGGGGUGUUUACUAGCAGGAUUGGGUCCAAUUCCAUUUGAAUUCAGUCAAUUCAGGAAUUAAGUUCCAAUUCACAACAUUCUCAUUGAGAACAUGUUUAAUUGGAAUGGGAAUGUCAGUUUACCUCCUGAAUUGAAAUUAAAUUGAGCCCAACCCUGGUGUAUAGUGUACAUAAUCAUUACAGGAUCACACUUACCUUACCUGCUGCCAGAGUGGCACCUGCUGAUCUGAGAAUGUUAAGAAAAAAGUAUGUCAUAUUUUUAAUAUUCAAUUGAUUAUAUUGCCGCUUAUGUGUCUUUCCACUUCAACUGUAGUGGUGCAAAAUGACAAUGAGAGAGUAUGUAUGUCCUAUAACUUUAAAUGUAGUGGUCCAAUAAUACAUUGGUGUAUGGUUACUAUGAUAAAGCAUAACCCAAGGUACACAUCGGCUGCCAUGCCAAUGGGACAACAGUGCAUUAUCAGCCAUAAGCCUAUCAAAUUCAAGAAUCAGCCAGCAUAGUGUCUCUUGCUGAUCUGUGUUUUUAAACAGAUGAUUUAGAUGCCAUGUAAGCCUAGAUACAAUUUAAUGUAAUCACAAAGCAUUGUAUGCUUGUAAGAAUGAUGCGCAAAAUGAUCAAUACAAAUGACUGAUAUUUAAGCUGAGUCAUGUUUGAGCGGUUUUACACAUCUUUUUGGUUUGACUGCUUUACCAAUGAAAAUGGGUUGCUACUGUUGACUCAAGGCAGUAUGAAGAAAACAAGCUGGAUCACAGUUUUAAGUGUUUUAUAGGCCUAUAUUAUUGUCACAUGUUUUUGUUUGAGGAUUUAUUUUGGGGCAGAUAUUUUCCAGGAUAUUCAUUUGUUAUCAUUGUGUUUUUUUGUCACUUUAAACAUCGUUGUGUUCAAGAAUUGUGUAAUAAAUGUAUCAUCAGUCUUUCUGUUCCAUUUCCUAAUAUUGUUCUAUAAAAAUGGUUAUUUGACAUGAAAUGUAGCCUAUUUAUUGUCCAUAGUGUUUUCUGGUUUAGUUAAGUUUUAAGUGACAAUAUGGAGCAUACUAUUGGUAAAGUAAUAAGAAGCAAUGUGCUUCCUUCCUUUAAGGGGUAGUUUGUGUGUAGCAGUCCAUUUUAGCAAGUGUAUUCUUUAUUAGAUAAUGGUUAAUCAUUGUCCGGUUUCUUUUCCGAACAUUGAUGCACUAUGUAAGGCUUUUAUGUUCCUCAUAACAUCUAAUAGGAUCACUUCUCAUCAGCAUCCUUGAUUCACUUGGAUAUGCUGUUUUGCCUUUUUGAAGAGUAAUGGUCAUUCUACAGGGUUGAAGAUAUGACAACCUAUCAGCUUUAUAACAGAACUCCUCAUUAUAUCCAUUGUCCUGGUGUCAUACAGUCGGCCUACAUCUCUCUCUAUACCUAAUAUUUUCAAUGAAAUUAUCCUCAAGGAGGAGAUUAAGGAGUUGACAUGCCAAGAUCAGUCAUGCCGUGAGGGGGAUUUUUGCAUACAACGAUGGAUUUUGGAACUAGAUGUUCAUACUAUAGUUUGAGGACGUGCAUGUCCAGCCUGCUUUAGCUGUAAUACCUAUCAUCUAUAUUAAGGUUUGUUUUAGAGUGAACAUUGUGGAAGAAAUAACGAUAGGGUAUUUCUGAUUUUUAAUUUUUAAUCCAUUUGAAAACAUUUCUAAAAAGCUGUUUUCGCUUUGUCAUUAUGGGGUGAUGUGUGCAGAUUGAUGAGGGGGAAAAAUGUAUUUAUUUAAUCAUUUUAGAAUAAUGCUGUAAUGUAACAAAAUGUGGAAAAAGGGAAGGGGUCUGAAUCCUUUCUGAAUGCACUGUAUACCAAGGUUAGUUUUAGAGCUAAAAUGUUUUGGAAGAAAUGGUUUUUGAGCCCUGUUUAUACCUGGUUUAUUCCUGUCUCCUGAUCUUAUGCACAUUCUGAGUGUGCCUACAUUUUCAGUAAUCUGUCUUCACAUGGUAUUAAAAUGUGUCUCUUAUCCA